AUGUCCCUUACGAGUUUGGAACUAAACUACCUCAUCUGGAGGUACCUUCAGGAAAGUGGGUUCGAGCUAGCGGCGUACGCCCUACAACAGAGCUCCCAGUGCCUUGAAUAUGAACACGACAAGAACAAGUUGAUAGACGCCAUAGAACCUGGCUGUUUGGUCAAUCUUGUGCAGAAAGGCAUCCUUUACACCUUCGUCGAGGACGCUGCUGAGGGCAAAAAUGAACGCAUCUCUCUCGUGAACGCUAUAUUGAAGGAGAACGAAAGCCGUGUGGACAGUCUAGAGAAGGACUCACUGCGAUUCACCCUAAAGAAGGACACCGUUGAAAACGGCUCAAACGAUGUGGAUAUGGACGAGCUGACCGUUAGCAACGGAAAGGGUGAAGAGACUGAAGAAAAAGAGGAGGAGCCCGAGAUUAUCGAAUUCUCGACAAAGCUUCUAGAGCCGUCUACUCGGUUUACGAGCUCGCUAGCAGCUGAAUACCAUCCUACCUCCCCUGUGCUAGCUUACGGCUGUGACGACUCUACGGCCAAAAUCCUUGCCUUCGAAAACGGCGCUAUUGCUGAAACUGUAACGCUAAACUACCCACCGCUCAUAAACGGCAGCGACGACACUCCUUUACCCAACGAAAUCACUACAAUCUCCUGGGCGCCUCUAGGCACCAUGGUGCUCACAGCAGGCGUGAACGGCGAAAUCAGAGCAUGGACGCCAGACGGAAAACUCAAGAAUAUUGUAAAUACGCCAGUGGACUCCACGAAGGUGGCUGCACCUCUUCACACAGUUUCCUGGAGCCCGCGUGGUCAGUUUGUGCUUACCAUUGAUACUACAGGAAUUGUACGUAUAUGGGAAGGAGACAACCUUACGCCGAUUCAGGAGCUCCGAAGUCACGAGAAUGUUGGCUCUGGUUGUCUUGAGGCGUGCUGGGUCAGCGAAAACAAGUUUGCCCUAGCAACGUCAAAGAAUGCCAUCAAAAUUAAUACGGUCAAUCCUCAGGCACCAUUUGGCUCUGCUGAAUCCGUUGUUACAGUGGGUCUCGUUGCCGGUCACAAUAAUCCAAUCACCAACCUUACAUUCAGCCCAGUUUCCAAGCUCCUAGCGUCCUCCUCCGACGUCGACUACGCCAUCAAGGUGUGGAACAGCCUGUCUUCCCGAGAUGCAUUGGAGCUCAACGUGGCCAGCGAAAAUGAUGCCGACAUCAGUUACCACACAUCACCUAUAAUCGGCCUCCACUGGCUCACAGGACCCAAUGACGUCCAAGGCAACGAGUUGCUCUCCGUGUCUAUGGAUGGUGUGGUUAAUGUGUGGGACGCUUUCACAGGAGAAGCCAUCAAAAGCACUAAUAUAUUUAAGAGUCCCGAAAGUUACCACUUUGGUGAACACAAUGCCAUCGACACCAGCAAUCCCUUAAUAUUCGCCAGUGCCGUGUCUCACGACGCCCGCUUCUUGGCCAUUGGAGACGAUACUGGCAAUGUGACUGUAUGGGACAUAGCUACAAAGCGCUACAGGGGAACCGCCACCAGCCUUCGGUGUCUAGGGUUCUUUGAGUUCAAAGAGCAGGACGACGCCAAGGACGUGGGUAUCUGUGAUAUAGCAUGGGACAGCAAGGACGAGCUUCUUACGGUGUGCUACAAAGGUAGCGAGAGCAUUGUGCUCAAGUGGAACGGUUACGAGUAA